AUGUCCCUCCAAGCGUACCAUUCACGUAUGCCUUCUUACGCAGACAUCCUUAACUCGGAUGUCUUCAACUUCCUCAUCGGUCCAUCCCGGACCCGGUUUGGCAUUCACAAAUGCCUCCUAGCCGCCCAUUCCGAUGUCCUUAAGCGCAUACUCGACAGCCAUAUGCGCGAAGUAACGGCCAAUGAGAUGGUCCUUGAAGAAGUCGAGGAAGACUGCUUCGCUUGUUUCUCGGAGUAUCUCUACACGGGCAAAUACCCUGUACCUCGUCCUCGAGAACUCUAUCCGGGCAAUUUAGGAAAGGGGCUAGCCGGUCUUGUUGGUGGAAUGAGCGGAGACAUGAGCGACUCCGAAUCCUACAGAAAGAAGUCUGCUGCCGCCGCCGCGGCCACUACUACAACAAAGAAGAAGCAGAGCCGUGGGUUCGCUGGAUUUGGAGGUGGUGGUGAACUUUCCCCCGUUCGUCCGGGUAGUCCCGCGGGUCCUGGCGGGAGUCCGUAUAAAUCUACAACUCAUGACUUUACAAAUGUCUUCAUUACCCUCGCGGGUCUCUACGUUCUCGCUGAGAAGUACAAUAUUCAAUACCUCAAACACCUGGCUCUGAGCGAUUUGAGCAACCAGCUAAAGUAUAGCUUUGAGCUUAUCCCGACACGGAGAGGGGAUAUUGUUGAGUUGAUACGGUACACGUAUAAUAACACGUACGAACCAAAACAAGAUCCAAGGGCAAAGGAGUCAAAGGAGGAAGGAUUGAGGAGCCUCGUCAGCAACUAUGCUGCACUCAAUCUCAACGGAUUGAGGGCCAGGAGAGGGCUGGGACUUGGAAGCACAAAUGGAGCACCACCACCGGAUGAAGAAGGGGACUAUGGUGGUUUCGAUGAAUUGAUCGCAGAUGGCGGAGACUUUAUUAAGGAUCUCGUCAGGAAAGUUGCGAUCGAUGAAGAUGAAAAUAGAAGGUAUGGAAAUAGUUUGUUGGAUAUUCCGGCAUACUUUGAGGGACCAUACGGUGGCGGUGCUGGUUAUGACAGAGCAAUGAUGUAUGGAGGAUUCGUGUCGAGGAUGGACGACAAAGUCGGUAGCGACAGUGGAUGGCCAUUCUGA